AUGGCGUCCGCGACGGAGCGAAACAGCGACAGCGUCCUGAACGAAGAGAAGAUAAUCGGCGAUGAACAUGUCGAACAAGAACGCGGGCAUCGCCACACAAUCGAAAAUCUCCCUGACCCAGACGCCGGCCUCAGCGAAGAAGAGCGCGCUGAUCAUGACCGUAAACUCCUCCGUAAACUCGACUUCCAGCUAAUCCCCUGGCUGUCGUUCCUAUACCUGAUCUCCUUCCUCGACCGCACAAACAUUGGCAAUGCCAAAGUCGACGGCUUGCAAGAAGACCUCAAAAUGACAGACUCGCAGUACAACAACAGUCUCACCAUCUUCUUUAUAAGCUAUUCGGUGUUUGAGCCGCUGACGAAUGUAAUGCUAAAGCGGUUAAGGCCCAGCGUGUUCUUGCCCAUCAUCAUGUUGUGGUGGGGAAUUUGCAUGACAUGUAUGGGCUUAGUCCACAAUUACGCGGGAUUAAUGACUGCUCGCUGGUGGCUCGGUGUUGCUGAAGCUGGCCUUUUUCCGGGCGUCAACUACUAUCUCUCUUGCUGGUACCGACGUUCAGAGUUUGGUAUCAGAGCCGCAAUAUUCUUCUCCGCAGCAGCGCUGGCAGGAUCCUUCGGUGGCCUCUUAGCUGCCGGAAUAGCAAAGAUGGGUGGAGUUGGAGGCAAACCAGGUUGGGCGUGGAUCUUCAUUCUUGAAGGCCUGGCAACCAUCCUCGUCGGAAUAGCGAGCUAUUGGAUGGUGCACGAUUUCCCAGCGGAGGCCACCUUCCUGACUCCCGAUGACCGAGCACGCGUGCUGCGCCGCCUCCGAGCCGACAAGCAAGCGUCGGCCGCACACGAAGACUUCCAGAUGAAGUACUUCUGGCAAUCAGUCAAAGACUGGAAGACUCUGAUGUUCGCCAUCAUAUAUAUGGGGGCUGACGGGGCUCUAUAUGCGUUCAGCCUGUUUUUACCAACAAUCUUGAAGCAACUCGGCUACACUGCCACGAAGGCAAACUUGCUUUCCGUCCCACCUUAUGCAGUAGCAGCAGUUAUGACUGUUCUGAUUGGGUGGAUUGCGGAUAGGACCAAACAGCGAGGACUGUGCAACAUCUUCGUCUGCAUCUUCGGCAUCAUAGGCUUUUCCAUGCUCCUAGGUUCCGGAAAACCAAACGUUCAAUACGCAGGCACGUUCCUCGGGGCGAUGGGAAUCUAUCCAUGCAUUGCGAAUACUAUCUCCUGGGCUUCCAACAACCUUGAAAACCUGUAUAAGCGUGGCGUUACUCUUGGUUUCGUUAUCGGAUGGGGGAACUUGAACGGUGUGGUGAGCUCAAAUAUCUACCGAAACAAAGACAAGCCGAGGUUCUUCCUCGGCCAUGGUGUUGUGUUGGUUUAUUUGACAGUUUUCCUGUUUGGUGGUAGUAUCGCGACACGGACACUGUUGGCAUGGGAAAACAAGAAAAGGAAGAGUGGCGCUCGCGAUGUGUGGAUUGAGGGGAAGAGUGAGCAAGAGAUUCACGAGCUUGGUGACAAGCGGCCAGAUUUUAUCUAUACGCUAUGA